AUACAUCGAGUCCCUGUACCCCAACCCUCCCCUCAAAUCCAACUACGACGGCCCAGCUGUUGAAGCAACUGGCGGAGUCUUCGGGGGCUUGGCCAAGCUGCUCUUUUUCAAAAACAAAGACGAGAUUCCACAACUGAAGGCAAACCUGACGGCCGAGCUGAAGAAGGUGGACGAUUACCUCAAGUCUGACGCCAGGAAGGGCAAGUAUCUGCUGGACAACGAGUUCAGGGAGCUGGACUGUAUGCUGGUGCCCCGUCUGCGUCAUGUCGAGAUCGCCGGCAAGUACUUCCACAACUACGAGAUCCCCAGCGAGCUGACAGCGCUGACAGAGUACAACAGAGUGGGCCAGGCCGCGCAGAUCUACCAGACCAUCAUCCCCACGGACGAGGACAUCGUCAAGAGCUGGACCAGACAUGGCGUCCAGAGAGCCGUCUAAGUGCAACGGAAUGUCGCUGGAAAUUGUAGACCACAAUUUAAUUUAAUUUGUACAUAUUAUUAUUAUACACCACUCGGGGCAUUUGUGACGAGCAAUCGGACACACAAACAUGGCGUCCAGAGGGCCGUCUUAGAGCAGCAAAAUGUCUCUCUGGAAAUUGUCGACCACAAUCAGAAUUGUACACCUCUCUAGUCGUUCGUCAUACACCAUCGGACACACAAACCAACAUGGCGUACAGAGGGCUGUUUAAGUUUAAGAUCAAAAUGUCGUUGGAAUAUGUAGACCACACAGUUAUAAUUGUACACCACUCGAGUCGUAUGUGAUGAGUCGAGAGGGCUGUUUAAGUUUAGUAGUAGUAGUAGUAUAGGGUUUUACGGCGCUCGCAACUGCUAAGGUCAUAUGAGCGGGGUUUAAGUUUAAGAUCAAAAUGUCGAAGGAAAUUGUAGACCACAGUUAUAAUAAAAUUGUACAAUUCUCUCCAAUUAUAGGAAACAAUUUGUAAUCAGCGCAGACGAAGUUUGAGAAUUGUAUAUACGGUACAUUUUAUUAUUAUUAUUCAGUAGUCAUAGCUUUUGUUUUCUUUCUAAAAUUGGACCAAUGAUCUUUCUAUCAACUAUUGUUAUGAACAAGUUGCAACUACUGGUUUUGCUAAGGAAAUAAACAUUUUCUUGGAAUGUA